CAUACCGUACCGGUACCAUUGCAUUGGCUUGCAGAAUCUACUGAUAAUCUACGCACAAAAUCUUUAACUGGCUUUUGGUAAUCUUCUCCGUGCUCAUAAGAAACACCCCGGUUUGAACAUGUAUCGAAUGAAGAUACUCAAGCAGUGCAUGUUUCUUCCUUUAGAAUCUACGAAGUGCAUUGACAUUAGCGUCAAAAGGAAGUUUUCUGUGAUACCGGAGAAAUCGGCAUUCAAAAGAAUACACAGGAGUUUAUGUCUGGGACCGUUCUUACAAAGUGGUAGGAGUUGUGAUGCAUUGCCACUGCUGGUAAAAAGAACUCCAAAUCCAACUGCAGCCUUGGCCACAACUUGUUUAUUACACAACAGAAGGAGCAUGAGCACGGAUGAUAGAGGAGGAUCUGAAGGAAAGAUCAAACCUGUGUUUGUUGCUAUUCCAAAUCCUAUCAAAGUCAUCAGAAACAAUAUAUUCUAUUGGUUAAUUCGUUCAUAUUUUGAUCCAGAUUUUUCAAUUGAUGAAUUUACACAAGGAGCUAAGCAGGCAUUGGUGACAAUAUCAGAGACGAUAGUGGAGGGGACAUGGGACAAUCUUGAAGGUCUUCUGUCUCCAAAGCUUCUUAGAGAAAUCCAGAACACUUGUCGAAACUUUAGUCUGAAGGAGAUCAGUUCUCUAUCAAUAUCAUCAGAGGAAAUUUUGCACACCUUUCCCCAUGACAUUGCUAUACACUAUGAUGAUAAGGGAGGGAAGUUCCUUUUUAUCUUGAUGAAGUUUUGGUGUCACUCCACUCAGUCUGGAAGCAGUGAUCCAGAAGUUAAAGGGUUUCGAAUUGGAAGACCGCCCCCAGGUGUUUCACAGGAACAAUUUGACAGUCUUGGAAGUGUCUACAGUUGCACAUAUGAAUUUCACCGUAAUAUCUCACCUGGAGCCAACCCACAGUGGAUGAUCACAUAUAUGCAACAUGGCCAGCUGAUUAAUUCAGAAGCUAGGGGUCUACCUGAAGAUGAAUGAGUGUUUCAUGCUUCAUAGAAAUGGGCACGUUAAUCAACUGUUCUUGGAUAUUUUCUAUGAGUACAAUGUAGCAAGUUUUCACACGGCGACAUGGAUUAAUGAAUCCUACAACGCAGGAAAUGUAUUUGAAGAUGCACGUCAAAUCAGAGUGAAGUCUUUGUCGUCGGUCAGCGAAUUGGAAUAGCAGUUUCGUCCGACGUUUCAAUGCUGACAAAAAAUUGAAAAUAUGUCAUUUGUCCAUUCAUGGACAAAACUGCUGUUUUGACUCCCCAACCCUUCAUAAGAACUUCAUUAUCAUGAAGGGCAUUGACAAUAGAUUGUAUAUGACUACAUGUAUGUUCCAUAAAAGCAUCUGCAUAGCUUUUGCAAGAAGUCUCUAAAAACAUGAUUAUUUCAUACAUUUAUUCAUGAAUUGGGCUAGCUGAUGAAAAUUGAAUACAAUCUGAAGAUGGAUGACUGUCAUGCUGUGCCUAUACAUACAACACUUCUAUUCCAUUAACCUUGUUACAGAUUACAAGCAGAUUACUUGAGGGGGAAAAUCAUGCAAUUUUUGUUACUCGUUAUAUAAUCAGCAGGCUAGAUUACCCAGCAUUAAUCAUGCUUUUUUAGCAACAUAUAUCUGGUUCAGCUUUCAUGCAAUAGCCUUUGCACAGCCAACUGUGAGAAAAUUGCACAGAUUCUCAAAUCAUUCCCUUUUGGUCUUUGGAUUAUAGUGAAAUUAAUUCAAGCCAGAUCAAAUCCCUGAUCACCUCGGCCCACUCAGUUUACUAUAUGCACACCUCAAAUGUGCAUAGGAAAUACUGUCAUUUUUUAAUUUUGCAACAUUUAACCUGCAUAAUGUUAUUAUGCAAUAAAAUUAUAAGUAUUGAUGAAUUAUAGUCCUACUCUGUUCAUGUAACCUCAGAAUUCCUAUUUUUCUGCCUUUUGACUCAAUAUUAUGCUUUGACUUGACAAUUGCAAUGUUUGACUGUUGCUUUCAUGAUUUGUUCAAUUACCAUGUGGGUGUCUUUCAGGUGAGCGUUCCAUCAAUAUUUUCAUCCGACAAGUUGUCAGAUCUGACAUCUUUCCAUGAUUUUGAUUGGCUGAGAGGCCCUGUUCCUAUGGUAACUGUCGGAUAAAAUGGGACUUGUCGGAUAAAAUGUCCGACAAGUCCUUUCAUGAAUCUACUUUGGCAGAGGAAUAUUCCAAUUUGUUGAAAGGAAGCACGUGACCGUUCAAAUUUAACAUUUAAUGUUAUCUUGAUAUAUUUUCAGAUUUGCCCAAUGAGAUCUUCUUUAUUGGACACAUUUUUUCAUGGGUCAUGCAAUAUCUUAGAUGUGCGUAUUGACAUUGAUCAGUGAAAAUAAGUUAGAUUUGGUUCUUAAACUCUAGUUACUUGCUUUAUUUUCAAAGUAGGGAAGCAUUAAUCUCACAUGUGCCCUGUUCAUGAUGAAAUGGUUUCAGUGUAAUGUUCAUAUUGCUUAUGCCAUUACCGAGCUUCAGUUCAAUUAGUUGAGUUUGAUUUGGUUAAUCACAAUCUUUUUUAAGACAGGGCCCAGAUCAAUACAAUACAUGUGCAAUGUACUGUAGGACUGUAGGACGUCUUGUUAUUGCUGAAGACCUGUUUCAUUGAUUUUUAGAAUGUGAUAAAUUUAAAGAGGUAGAACCAUAGUAUUGCCUUUGGUAACAUAUUCAUCCGGAAAUCAGCAUUGUGAUCAAUAACAUUGGCAUGUGAAUACAGUUACAUACUGUAAAAUCAGCACCAGCUGCACAGAAAUAUGUAUGGUAUUAAAAAUAACCCUGGCCUAAUAGUUAAGUCCAGUCCCUUCAUUUUUUUUAUAUUCAACAAGUGAACAUUGAUCCAAGAUGUACAUACAUGUAACGCAUUGUUUGAAAUUAAGUAUCGCAGCGACAUUACCUGUUGAAACAGGUCCUCAGCUCAUUGUUAGUGCUAACAACGUUUCUGUGCGGCCGUUACAGAUCAUAGUCUAGAUCACAUUCACUUUUUUAGUAGACUACAGACUUACAUGUACAAUUAAUCCUUAUCAUCCCACUCACUUUAUUUUACAAUGCCCAAGUGAAAAUCAGUAUGCAAAGCUGUCAUUGAAAGCAAUUCUUGUGAGAUACCAGACUGAAAAGCAAUGCUAUAUUGGUAGCUACAUGUAUGUCACUCAUUACGGUUAAAUCCUUAAAAAAAGAAUCAUUUGAACAUGCUUGUUUUAACUUCUCAUCUCGGUGCGUGUUUUAUAAAGGUGCUCAUAAUUUACAAACGACUUUAUCAAAGAUGGGUGAUCCUUUCUUAAGAGCUAAAUUCACACCAUUGAAAUUUUGGUGCACUUAAUUUACCUCAAGAAAUGAUCACUAGUCAUUCAUAAAAUCAUUCCUAACUUACGAACACCCUUAGGAAUCACCCGCCAGAUUGUGUAGAUAUAUAUAAAUAUUAUUUUUGAUAUGAAACCUAACUUGUUCUUUUUGAAAUGUAUUGCUACUUUCUCAUAGGGCUGUGGAACUGAGGGUGGGGGACUUCAGCCUCCCACUUUUUUCCAAACUCUGUACAAACAUGUAGAAACUUACCAUCUGAUAUAUAAUUUUGUGUAUUGUCACCCCCCCCCCCCCCUUCCCUUUCAAAACCAUUCUGCAGCCCAUGCAUUCAAGCAAACUACAUACAAACACCCUGGCAUUUGCUGUUGUUGGAAUGAGCAUUAAAAAAACU